UAAAAAACAAAAGAUCGACUCGAUCUGCUCGCAUCGGCCGCUUGGGGCGUCGUCGCUGCCACCGGAGCCUCCGCCACCGGUGUCCCACACCGGAGCUGCCGCAGGCGUAGCGGCCGCCGCGGCGCCGCGGCCGGCAACGCCAUCCCGCGCUGGACCUCUUCUUCUCUCCUUCGCGAUCUCGCGGUGGGAUUGCAGUGACCGAGUGAAGGAGACCCAAAGGAGAGGGGAUAUCCAGGCACCGGAGAGGAGGCGACGGAGGAGGAGGAGGAGGAGGAGGAAGAAGGUGGCCUCGCACGCAUCAGCUUCAUCCUUCCCAUGCCAGACUCGCCCACGUUCUGUUGCUGUUCUUGAUCCAACGCUCCGGUGCACACAAGGUGUUUGAGUUGAGAAUGGAUAGGAGUUGGAUGCGAGCAGCAAGGUCUUCCGCCGAGUAUUCUGAAGGAACUAGCAACUUCAUACAAUUUGCUUUCCGUGAGUCAGCAAAAAAUAGUAGGAUUCUCUGCCCUUGCAAGAUAUGUGUAAACUCUCGUUGGUUAGGUGAGCAUGAAGUCUAUGAUCAUUUGAUUUGCGAUGGAUUCAUGUCCGGAUAUACCAUAUGGAUUCACCAUGGAGAAAGUAUGCGGCCCUCCGAAGCAAUUACUGCUCCUAGUUCACAGUUUGAAGAAUAUGCUGAUAGUGAUGAGAUGGAUGAGAUGCUACUAGAAGGAUUUGGAAUGUACGAUACUCAUACUUUAGGAGAGGAGCAAGAGUCUGAAGAUGAUUUGGACGAUGAUGCUGAGGCAUACUAUAGAUUAGUUAAUGAUGGACACCAAGAGUUGUACCCAGGUUGCAAAAGAUUCUCGAAGCUGCAAUUUUUGGUGAGGUUGCUUCAUAUCAAGAAUAUGAGGGGAAUGAGCAAUGUAUGCUUUGAUGAGGUAUUGACGCUAAUUAAGGAGGCACUUCCAGAAGGUCAGGCGUUGCCCAAAAAUUUUCAUGGGGCCAAAAAGUUUAUGAAAGCCAUUGGUAUUGGAUAUGAUAGUAUAGAUGCAUGCAAAAACGAUUGCAUUCUAUUUAGGAAGGAACAUGCUGAUGCCAUAUCAUGUCCAGUGUGUGGCACAAGUAGAUGGAAGAGCGUAAAUACUGGAGUUGAUGGAAGGCGUGUCCACAAGGUGCCUCAAAAGGUGGUUCGUCAUUUCCCGCUAAAGAAGAGACUCCAAAGGUUGUUCGCUUCUACAAAGACGACAUCAGAUAUGAGGUGGCACAGCGAAGGCCGCACAAAGGACGGCUUGAUACGACACCCAGCUGGUUCACCUGCAUGGAAACACUUUGAUGCUAUUCACAAAGACUUCAGUUCAGAAGUUUGCAAUGUUAGAUUUGGAUUGGGAGCUGAUGGUUUCAACCCUUUUGGAAAUAUGAAUCUCUCAUAUAGCAUAUGGCCUAUCGUCUUGAUCCCCUACAACCUUCCUCCAUGGAUUUGUAUGAAGCAAUCAAACUUUAUCCUCUCUAUCAUCAUUCCUGGUAAAAAAUCUCCAGGGAAAGACAUGGAUGUUUACAUGCAGCUGACCAUAGAUGAUCUUUUGGAGCUUUGGAAUGAUGGAGUCUGGACUUAUGAUGCCUCUCGAUCUAAGAAGUUUCUCUUACGUGCCGCACUACUAUGGACAAUAAGUGAUUGGCCUGGGCGUGGAUCUUUGUCUGGAGAAAAUAUAGCAGUUUGCUCCCAUUGUCUAUCAGAGACAUGCUCUCUUUGGUUAAAGAAUGGACACAAGAAAUGCUAUAUGGGACAUCGCAGAUUCUUGGAACCUAAUCACGAGUUUCGAUUUGAUGCUGAGUCAUUUGAUGGUUUUGAGGAACAUCGAGAGCCUCCCGUUCCCCUUUCAUCACAUGACAUUUCAGUAUUGACAAAGGACAUGAAAACUACGUAUGGGAAGCUGCAGCAGAAGAGCAGCAGGAAGCGACACCGUAAUCAGGUAGAUGAGAAUGAUGCAAGCAUGCAGCAAGACACUUCAAUAUUCAGAAAGAGAAGUUGCUUCUUUCAGCUGCCAUACUGGGAAACACUUCUAUUGCGUCAUAAUCUGGAUCCUAUGCACAUAGAGAAGAAUGUGUUUGAGAACAUGGUGAUGAAACUGAAUCGGAAGAUGAAGAAGGUGAGUCUGGACAAGAAGAUGAACAUGAAGAAGAAGAGGAAGUUCGACAAGAACAGGAGAAAACACAUGGUUAGUUCUGAGGGCAUAAAAGAAUUUACAUGUGCUUGUUUUGCAUGGGCCUAAUGGUAGUUCCUAUCUGUUCACAUACCAGAAGUUGUAGAGAAGACUAGAAGAGGACCUACUCACAUGAGGCGCUUCUGGAAAGAACAUGAUGUUGAUAACAAGAUCAAUUUGAAGUUCAACAGAUUUGGUCAGCCAUGUGGUUUGAAGACUUGCAAGCUGACAAAUUUUAUUGGAACCCUAGUGAAAGGAAAAGAAAUGUCCUUAGCUGCUCAAAACUGGAGCAAAGUACCAAAGUUAGAGAAAGAAAAGUUGUGGGGUUCUGUCUAGGCUUUUUUCAACAUUGAUGAGUCAUACAAAAGAUGGGUGUUGAGAUCAGCUAGUAAAAAAUGGAAAGACUUCAAGGUUGUUUUAAAGAGGAAAUACUACAAAGCUGAUUUGUCACGGGCACGGAAUAUUCUUAAUGGUUGUGAUAAUAGAAUUCCAAUUGGACAGUGGGAGUGGCUAGUAAAACACUAGAGAACAGAGAAAGCUAAGGAAAAAUCUGAGAGAAACAAAGCCACUCGGGCAUCGCAACUCGAGGGAUGCAACGGGACCCACACCGCUGGGUCACGAAGUUUUGCAGUUGUCCUUGAUCAAAUGGAGAUGGUAGAGGGUAGGGAAAUUGGGCAUGCCGAGCUUUACGUGGUUACGCAUACGAAAAACAAUGGAUAUCCAGUCAACCAACAAAGCGAAGUAAAAAUGGAUGAAAUUAAAAAAAGGAUUCGGGAAGAUCCUUCUUUGAUUGGUGAGGAGGCCCGUGAUGGUGAUCUUUAUUCAUCAAUUUUCCCAAAAGGAAAGAAAGGAAGGCCAAGUGGCCUUGGUCUAUUAGUAGGUGGAGUCGCUUUGGAGCGCCUUGCUCAAGUUGAAGCUGAACUACAUGUUGCUAAACAAGAGAACAUGGAGCUUCGGCAUGUGGUGCAUACUCUGGUGGCAAAUCAAACUUCAAUGAUGGCCAAGAGUGAGAGAAUGGCAGAACAGUACAAUGAGCUAAAAAGUUUGAUCAUAGCUUCUAGGGGGUCUGUUGAAAUGGGAGGAAUUCCAGAAAAGGAGCUUCCAAAUAAAGAACCUUCUAAGGACUUGGAAACCAUGAAUGACGAAGAACAAGCAACUUCACUUUCAUAUACUACCAAGGCAUCCGAGGCAAUGGCUGCUCCAAGGCUGCUCCAAGGCAAUGGCUACUCUAAGUUGGUGAAGGCAUCCCAACUGGAAUCAAAGACAACAGAAUCAGCACUACCAAGUCUUGCGCCUGUGCCAAAACCAAAGAAGACAAAGACAACUAAACAUAAGAAACCAGGAAUAUUUCAAACACCGCUCCAAAAUGGGCCAAAGGAUGGAUUAGAAGAUACCAUAAAGUGUGGCAUGGAAGUUAGUUUGACGUCGCCAAAUAGUGCAAGUGUGGUGGCAAUGGGAACCAUUCAGAAAACUGAUAGAAAAGCUAAAGCAAUUGAUGGCCACCACUAGCUGAUUGUGUUGAAGUUCUUGUCAACGUCGUGCUCAAAGAAACAACUGAGCUGCCUCGUGCAUAAGGGAAAAUAAACAAGCUAGGAAAUGCCCAAGCUAGGUGUAUUCCAUGGCCACGCAAAAAUAUUAUGCAAACAGAUCGUACUACCGUGCUGCACUCUAAGGUUUCUAGUGUUUGUAGUCAGGUGUCUUUCAACAAUAGCGAGAAUGUGGAUCCCAACAAAACAACUACUGGAACUCAGGUGACCAACCAUGAGACUGGUUGCAGUACUUCAGAAGGUGCAGUGAGUAAUACACUGAAGAGAAAGAAGGUUUCUAAAACAACAAGAAUGAAAAAAACUACUCAAGCAAUCUCUGCUACAACCGGAAACAACAUACUUAGGAAUUCGGGCAGGAAAACAUGAAAGAUGGUCAUAGAAGCCUAGAAAUGCUGGUACACUGCUCAAGGUUGAAGUUGAAGGUGACACAUCGCUGAUUUGCUUGCCCUUGUGUGUGCCCGUCUAAGAUUGGCUUGCUCUUAUGCUGGUACACUGCUGAUUGGAUUGCUCUUGCAUCAAGCUGGAACACUUGUUCGUAUUGUUGUCACAACAUUAGGAAGUGACCUGUGUGUUUCUGAUUGAUACUUUGAUAUUGUUUCUGAAUUUGUGAAGAUGUUCUUAUGGUGAUGCUUUGCAUUAUUCGCAUGCACGAUGAUACUUCUAGCCGAUGCAAGCUUCUCAAUCUUUUUUUCUAUUGUAUGUGUUUUUACAGAGCUAGAUGCAAAUUAUUGAGCUUGCUGUAAUAGUGGUUUUAUCAUAUUCUUAUUAUGCAUAUGUAAAGUUUGUGGCAUUCUUAUGUGCCCUGGAAACAUUUUGGAGGCAAUACAAAAGACGCCACAUAAUGGUUUUGAGGCAUUCUUUAGAAAUGCCACAAAAAUGUCUUGAAGGCAGUAUGAGAGAUGCCUGGCAUAAUUUUUA